UCGAAAGGCUUUUUCAGAUAAGCCUGUGUAGCACUUAUGCUAGCUCGCUAACCUUGUUCACAUCGCUCUCAAACUCUGGAGAGUGAAAAACUGCAACCAUGGCAUCUGUCUUGGACGCUCUCUGGGAAGACAGAGACGUAAGAUUUGACAUAACAGCUCAGCAGAUGAAAACUCGCCCAGGAGAAGUAUUAAUAGACUGUCUGGACUCCAUAGAAGACACAAAAGGAAACAACGGAGAUCGAGGACGACUGUUAGUAACAAACCUGAGAAUCAUCUGGCAUUCUUUGGCCCUGCCAAGAGUCAAUUUGUCUGUUGGUUACAACUCCAUUAUUAACAUUACAACAAGGACAGCUAACUCUAAAUUAAGGGGACAAACUGAGGCACUCUACAUCUUGACAAAGUCCAACAACACUAGAUUUGAGUUCAUUUUUACAAACGUGGUUCCAGGAAGUCCCAGGCUCUUUACUUCUGUCAUAGCUGUGCACAGGGCCUAUGAGACAUCUAAAAUGUACAGGGAUCUGAAACUGCGAGCUGCUCUUAUUCAAAAUAAACAGUUGAGACUUUUGCCUCGGGAACAAGUGUAUGAUAAAAUCAACGGAGUUUGGAAUUUAUCCAGUGAUCAGGGUAACCUUGGUACCUUCUUUAUCACCAAUGUUCGGAUUGUGUGGCAUGCCAAUAUGAACGAGAGCUUCAAUGUCAGCAUUCCUUACCUCCAGAUUUGGUCCAUCAGAAUAAGAGACUCAAAGUUCGGCUUGGCUUUGGUGAUCGAGAGUUCACGCCAGAGCGGUGGUUAUGUGCUGGGUUUUAAGAUUGACCCCGUAGAGAAGCUUCAAGAUGCACUAAAAGAAAUCAACUCAUUACAUAAGGUAUACUCUGCCAACCCCAUCUUUGGAGUGGACUAUGAAAUGGAAGAAAAGCCCCAGCCGUUGGAUGAGCUCACAGUGGAACAGCCUCCUGAUGAUGUGGAAAUUGAGCCAGACGAGCAGACUGAUGCGUUCACCGCAUACUUUGCUGAUGGGAAUAAGCAACAAGACCGUGAGCCAGUUUUCUCUGAGGAGCUGGGCCUUGCUGUGGAAAAACUGAAGGAUGGAUUCACUCUGCAAGGACUGUGGGAAGUCAUGGGCUGAAAUGUUAUCAGACAUGUAUGUAAAAACAAUAAUUUGGGCUGUCAACAUUAAACACAGAUUAAUUACUAUUAAUUAUUAACUUACUUAAAAAAAAAAACACAGCUGGGCACCAGUUUAGCUUAGUGGGUAGAGCAGGCAUCCAUAUACUGAGGCUAUAGUCCUCAGUGCAUGGGUCACAGGAUUGAUUGCUGGUCUCGGAAAGGCAUAAAAUGUAUUCAAUCUAAAUAUAAAAGCAAGUAGGUUUCCAAACAGGAAGUGAAUCACCCUUAGUUUAAAAUAGUAGAAAAAAAUCAGUAUGACACAAAAACAGUUUUGAAUGCAGCAACAUGACAUUUUAAAACUGGCUAAAAAAGGAUGUAAUUAAUCAUGAUUAACUACAGAAAUUCUGAGCUUUAUUUGGCAAAUAUUGAUUGGGCAAGGCAAAUAUUGGAGCCUCUGACAUCACCAGUGUUGAUGGGGAAUAACCCUGCCCCCUAAUGCUACAAUGAUAUAAAAUCACAGAGCAGUUCAUCUCAAUACAGCCUGUUGUUAGCUGAUGUCACUGUCUUCAUUAAAAGUUAACAGCCAGUUAUAUGCUGUGUUUUUGUUCAUUGUGAGGUAAAUUUCCCAAAUCUGUCAGCCACGGUGGUCAGCAUGUCAUUAAAAGUAUCAAAACAGAGAGAUUUGUGCCAGAAAACAGUAGAUUUAAUCCCCAACUUCUGUCUGUGUGCUCUGGCACAGAGCCAGGCAGCUGUUCUAUGAUCAGAAGCUU